AUGAAUACAAAAUUCGGAGAGACAAAUAAAUUUAAAAAUCCUUUAAAAAUCUCCACUGAUAACCCAACAAAUAAAAUAGACAAUCUAGUCGAACGCAACAACCAAGUACUAGAGAGAGCGCGGGCGCUCGCAAAUAGUACGCCGUCUCGGACACCCUCUAGAGCAUCCUACAACCAUGCUUCUUCCCCUUUCUCACCCUCGCCUUUAUCAGCUUCAGUUACUUCAUCCAGAACAUCGUCAGCUGCACGCUCAAACUUGGAUUUACGCUCCAAGGCGAAUGCACAAGCAGUUGCAUCUAACCACCUGAGUAUCUCCAACUAUGCCCGCUCCCGUCGUGGAAACAGCCCCAGAUUGGGCGAUGACGACGGUAGCAGGAGCAGUGGAUAUAAAAGAAGGAGCAGGAUACCUCAGGAGCUCUUUGAUCAAGAUUCCCCCUCAUCGAGAAUAUCGAAAACUCGCUCAAAUUCAGUCGCAUCGCGUACUUCCAUAGAAAGCCCGGAAAGGGCAAGGCCGUCUAGUCGUAUCACAAACCGUACCAGCAUUGGCACAACAGUCACAGACAGCUUCCAACCAUUCCCAGUCACGGCGACCUCGCACACUCCUCUACCACCCUCUACGUCAUCAAAUUACAAGCGACAAGUCGUUUCUUCGCUUAAUGAUCUAGAUAAUGGACAUACACCCACAUUCAGUUCGCGUCCAAUCCGUCACAGUACAUCUACUUCUUUGGAAGGUGCACGGGACGAUAUUUUGCGAUCAUCUCGCUUCAAUAACAGACCUUCACUUGGCAGUUCCGAGUUUAGACCAGCCACCGCGAUGGCAUUUUCUUCAACGGCUGAUAGCAUGUGGUCGCCUCAAAACUAUCGUCCUGAGCUAAAGCGCGGUGCAAGUCGUUCAUCGCGUCACCUGAGGUCACAAUCCGCCCUAGACCUCUCGCCAAAACGACCAGUACCAUUAUCACGUUCCCAGAAUAGGUCCCCGUUGUUAGAAAACCACGAGGUUUUGCGUUCACCUACAAAACUCACUCCGGCAUCUUCCAAACGAUUGGAUACCCUGUCAAACUCUUUGAAAUCCCUCCAAAUGGGACUCUCACGUUUGGAUUUACAAUCCUCUGAAGAAACGGAGAAGAGCGCGAACAUGUCAGUCAAGAACAUGUCCAAAGCGUCAGAACAUAUCCACAAACUUCAUGCCCAAGCUUUAGAAUUUUUGCUCAGAGCUGAGACUGACAACACACUAUUUUCAAAUCCAGAAAACGUCGAGGACUGUCGCGCACUCCACAAUCACGCUAAAGAUGCUCAAAGAGCAGCAGACGAUCUUGUCAGAGAUUUGACUGACACUCUGGUAGGCAUGUCUAGAUUAGUCAGGGAUCUAAAUGGCUCCCAGAGUCCAACGAAAGCCGCCAGUCACGGCAGAGCAUCCAGCGUUAGCACGUAUGCACCACAAGACGUAUCCUUUAGAACUCGCUUAGAUGGUAUACGAUCACAUCGACCAAAUAGCACAAGUCUUGAUAUCAGACGCUCAAACUUGUUCUCCAAUCCGACACCUUCUCCUUUAAACGAUCGCACGCCAAGUUUGGGAUACCGUCCACGUAGCACUUAUCUCUCGAAUCACAACAGAUCUAUGUCAGGAAGUUCAACAAACACAAUUAAAAACUCUUAUGACGCUGAAGUGGACACAAUACGACCAUACUCACGGGCGAUGUCUCCUGAAAAGUCACCAGUUUUUUCCAUGACGCAAAGUAGAAGAGCAUCCCGCAUCAGUUCUAUCAACGAAGGACAUCCAUCAUUUGUGAGAUCACUCGGAAAGUCAGCAACUACAGCAGUUACGAAGGAAAAUGCGCAUGGGCGUGUCAAGGAAGAUGAAUUACCGGAGAAAGAAAUGAGAAGAAGCAGCCACGUACGUUCCAAACCAUCAUUGACGAGUAUAUGGCCAUGGAAUACAACGUCAUACCAAUACAGAAGGGGCUCAUCCGAUGCCUGAAAA